AUGAAGGUGGUGAAGAGUGCAGAGCACUACACUGAGACAGCCCUGGAUGAGAUCAAGCUGCUGAGAUCAGUGAGGAACACGGACCAGAACGACCCCAGCAGGGAGAAGGUGGUUCAGCUACUAGACGACUUCAAGAUCUCUGGCAUGAACGGAAGUCGUAUCCUAAGUAAAACAACGACAACAGUGCUUUAUCAACUUUUAUACACAAGCAUGUUCAACAAAGUAUGUUCAACAAAACAGACCAAGGUUAUUAUAGUAUUGGGUUUUUAUAUUUGUUUGUUUUUUAUUUGAAUUUCAGUUUAGUUUCAGUUAGUUUUCCGACUUGAUUUACUAGUUUUUAUUCAGUUUAUUUGAUAAACAUUUUGGAUUUCAUUGUUAUAUUAUUUUGUUUUAGUGUUAGGGACAGAAAGUAGCCUAUGGGAGGGGAGGGGCCAUUUAUGUUUUGUAGGUUGUAUUUCUGCUCAAAUCAAAUGUUAUGUCAUAUCCUUCGUAAACAUGGUAUAGAUGUCCUGGGCCGUACUCACCACUCUCUGUAGCGCCUUGUGUGCGUAUGCGUCUCUUCACAGUCUGUUGUGCCGUAAGGUGUUUUAUCUAUUUUUAAAAUCUGAUUUCACUGCUCGCUUCAGUUACUUGAUGUGGAAGAGGUCUAUGUAGUACUGCACGUUUCCCAGAGUCUGUUCUGGACUUGGACUGUGAAGAGACCCCUGGUGGCAUGUCUUGUGCGGUAUGUAUGGGUGUCUGAGCUGUGUGUUAGCCCUCACAAAGACAAGUAGUGAUGCAGUCAAUAUCUAAACUACUUUGACCCAGGAAAUAUUGACAUGUUAGCGCUCUGUCUACAUCCAAGGGCCAGCUGUGCUGCGCUGUUUUGGGCCAACUGUAAUUUGCCUAUCCUCCUUUGUGUCACUUGACCAUAUAACUGGGUAGUAGUCCAGGCAUGAUAAAACUAGGGCCUGUAGGACUUGUUUGGUUGAUUGUGAUGUCAAGAAAUCAGAAGAGCGCUUUAUCACAGACAGACCUCUCCCCAUCUUAGCUACCAUUGCAUCAAUAUGUUUUGACCAUGUCAGUUUACAAUCUAGAGUUACACCAAGCAGUUUAGUCUCCUCAACUUGCUCAAUUGCCACAUUAUUCAUUACAAGAUUUAGGUGAGGUUUAGGGUUUAGCUAAUUUGUCCCAAAUAUCAAUGCUUUUAGUUUUAGAUAUAUUUAGGACUAGCUUAUUACUUGCCACCCUUUCUAAAACUGACUGCAGCUCUUUAAGUGUUGCAGGGAUUUCACUUGCUGUGGUAGCUAACUUGUGAAAUGUUGAGUCAUCAGCGUACAUUGAACUCAGGCUUUACUCAAUACUAGUGGUAGGUCAUUAGUAGGCUUGGUCGGGUAUACCGUAUAACGGGGUAUUUGGAAAUACAAUGUCUCUCAUUCACAUUCACUUGUAAAUGUCCAAACUUAGCAAAAAUUACUUUCGGUACUUACUACAGUGCAUUCGGUAAGUAUUCAGACCCCUUCACUUUUUCCACAUUUUGUUACGUUACAGCCUUAUUCUAAAAUGGAUUCAGUAAAUAAAAAUUCUCAUCAAUCUACACACAAUACCCCAUAAUGACAGCGAAAACCGUUUUUUUUGACAUUUUUGCAAGUUUAUACAAAAUAAACAAAUAAAAAUACCUAAUUGACAUAAGUGUUCAGACCCCCUUCAAUUGAUUGGACAUGGUUUGGAAAGACACACACCUGUCUAUAUAAGGUUCCACAGUUGACAGUGCAUGUCAGAGCAAAAACCAAGCCAUGAGGUCGAAGGAAUUGUCCGUAGAGCUCCGAGACAGGAUUAUGUUGAGGCACAGAUCUGGGGAAGGGUACCAAAAAAUGUCUGCAGCAUUGAAGGUCCCCAAGAAUACAGUGGCCUCCAUCAUUAUUAAAUGGAAGAAGUUUGGAAUCACCAAGACUCUUCCGAGAGCUGGCCGCCCGGCCAAACUGAGCAAUCGGGGGAGAACUGCCUUGGUCAGGGAGGUGACCAAGAGCCCGAUGGUCACUUUGCCAAAAGGCACCUAAAGGACUCUGACCAUGAGAAACAAGAUUCUCUGGUCUGAUGAAACCGAGAUUGAACUCUUUGGCCUGAAUCCGGGAGUCUAGUCAGUAUUGGGGAAAGAUUAACAGCGCAAAGUACAGAGAGAGAUCCUUGAUGAAAACCUGCCCCAGAGCGCUCAGGACCUCAGACUGGGGAGAAGGUUUACCUUCCAACAGGACAACGACCCUAACAGCCAAGACAACACAGGAGUAGCUUUGGGACAAGUCUAUGAAUGUCCUUGAAUGGCCCAGCCAUAGCCCAGACUUGAACCCGAUCGAACAUCUCUGGAGAGACCUGAAAAUAGCUGUGCAGCGACGCUCCCCAUCCAACCUGACAGAGCUUGAGAGGAUCUGAAGAGAAGAAUGGGAGAAGAAACUCCCCAAAUUCAGUUAUGCCAAGCUUGUAGCGUCAUACCCAUACUCAUAGCGUUAUUAUUAUUAUUUUAUUUUAUUAAGACUCAAGGCUGAUAUCGCUGCCAAAGGUGUUUCAACAAAGUACUGAGUAAAGGGUCUGAAUACUUAUGUAAAUGUAAUAUUUAAGUUUAUUUUAUUUUAUAAAUUUGCUAACCUUUCUAAAAACCUGUUUUUUUGCUUUGGCAUUAUGGGGUAUUUUGUGUAGAUUGACUAGGGGGAAUUUUUUUUAAAAUUAAUUUUAGAAUAAUGCUGUAACGUAACAAAAUGUGGAAAAAGUGAAUGGGUCUGAAUACUUUCCGAAUGCACUGUAUAUAUGUAAAACUUUGAGUUGGAUUGCCUGUCUUUGCAAUUAGUUUAUUUUUGUUUGCGCUCGUUCGCAUAUUUAGCUAGCAGCUUCUAUGGAAAUUCAGUAGUACUUGUGCUAGUUUUGUUAGUGUUCUGGUAGUAGACACUCAAUGGGCUUUCUUGUGUACUAAGCUUGUGAUACCGUAAAUCGCGGAAUGAGAGAAGGACGAUAUGACGAUAUGAACAUUUGUAUACCGCCAGGGCUCUAAAGUGCGACCAAAAUAUUUUUUGGGGCACUGUGUGACUAGGAAGAAAAUCGGCCAGAUAAUUGUUGUAAUGAAUUGUUGUAAUGCUUCAUUGUUUCCAAAUGCCCUGGAUAAAAAAAUAUGCGUUGUGGUUGCCCCAUUAGCAAAAACUACCUAUUGUAAAUUUUUAUCUUGCUGUAGCAGAUCGCCGGGACCGCAUGUUAUAUUCAUGAACCAUGUCGUGGUCCGUUCUAAAACUACUUGCGCGUCGUUAACCAUUUUAGGAUUCAUAAUAAACGUACUUUACCGUGUCACAUAUUAGUUUAUAGGGCAUAACAUGUGCUUCAAAAGUAGCUAGAAUUCAUAUAGGCCCAAUAUAAGCUGUAUCUCAAUGAAAAAUCUUAUUUUCUGGUGCUCCUAAAUUUAUUGUGGUGCUCCUAACUUUAAGUUGGGAGCACCAGUGCGACCAAUGAAAAAUAUUAAUUUAGAGCCUUAGUUAUGCCCAACCCUAGUCAUUAGUAAAAAUAUAAAAAAGUAUGGGGCCAAUACAACUACCUUGAGGUAUGCCAAACUCUACCUGGUUUACGUUAGAGGCUUCAUUUAAAGAACACCCUCUGUGUUCUGUUAGGCAAUUCUCAAUCCACGAUAUAGCAGAGGAUGUAAAGCCAUAUAACACAAGUUGUUUCAGCAGCAGACUAUGAUCGAUAAUGUCAAAAGCUGCACUGAAGUCUAGCAAAACAGCUCCCACAAUCUAAUUAUCAAUUUCUUUCAGACAAUCAUCAGUAAUUUGUGUGAGUGCCGUACAUGUUGAGUGCCCUUCCCUAUAAGCGUGCUGAAAGGCAUUUGUUAAUUUGUUUACGGUGAAAUAGCGUUGUAUCUGGUCAAACACCAAUUUUUUCAAAAAGUUUACUAAGGGUCGGUAGCAGGCUGAUUUGGUUUUUUUCUUUGAACCAAUAAAGGGUGCUUUGCUAUUCUAGGGUAACAGAAUGACUUUUUCUUCCCUCCUGGCCUGAGGGCGCACACUUUCCUGUAGGCUUAGAUUGAAGAGAUGGCAAUAUAGUCCGCAACCAUCCCCAGUAAUAUUCCAUCCAUGUUGUCAGCACCAGGUGGUUUGUCAUUAUUGAUAAACAACAAUAAUUUUCACCUCUUCCACGCUCACUUUACAGAAUUCAAAAUGACAAUGCUUGUCUUUCAUAAUUUGGUCAGUUAUGCAUGGGUAUGAAGGUUGAGUUUGGUUGUUGGCAUGUCAUGCCUAAGUUUGCUAAUCUUGCCAAUGAAAAGUAAUUAAAGUAGCUGGCAAUAUCAGAGGGUGUCGGAUUAAUUGAAGGUGCUGCUCCAAAGCUUUUUACUAUCAUCCUUUAUAUAUAAUUUAUCUUUGUUUUGUAGUACAGUUUCUUCUUUUUGUUUAGGUUAGUCACAUGAUUUCUCCAUUUACAGUACGUUUGCAAAUCGGCUGUGCAGCCAGACUUAUUUGCCAUUCUUUUUGUCUCCCUCAACCAUAGUUUUUCAAUUCUUCAUCAAUCCAUGGGGAUUUAGAAGUUUUUAAAGUCUGUUUCUUAAUGGCUGCAUGCUUAUUAGUAACUGGAAAAUACAAUUUCAUAAAUGCGGCAUCUGGAUGCUCCUCAUUACACACAACAGACCAGCAAAUUCUUUACAUCUUCAACAUGGGAAUCACUACAGAACCUCUUGUUUGAUCUUUUAACCUCUUGUAUGAUCUUUUUAUUUUAGGCCCAGCCUUUGGAACUUUGGUUUUUCUAGAUAUUGUUACUAUAUUAUGAUCUGAGGGGUGUGGAUACUGAUUUUAGAGCAUAUUUCUGCAGCAUUAGGAAAGAUGUGAUCAAUGAUUUAUUUCCUGUGCUGUUUGUAUAUACCCUGGUAGGUUGACUGAUUACCUGAACUAAAUUGCAGGCACUGGUUACAGUUUGAAGCUUUUUCUUGACUGAACAGCUUGAUGAAAACAAGUCAAUAUUUAGGUCACCCAGAAAAUAUACUUCUCUGUUGAUAUCACAUACACCAUCAAGCAUUUCACACACAUUAUCCAGAAACUGACUGUUAGCACUCAGUGGUCUAUAGCAGGAUUUCCCAAACUCGAUCCUGGUGCUCCCCCUGGGUUUUGGUUUUUCAAAUAAUCAAAAGCUUGAUGAGUUGGUUAUUUGAAUCAGCUGUGCAGUGCUAGGGCAAAAACUAAAAUGUGCACCCAGGGGGGCCCCAAGACAGAGUUUGGGAAACCCUGGUCUAUAGCAACUUCCCACAAAAAUAGGCUUUAGGUGAGGCCUGUGAACCUGUAGCCAUAUUACUUCAACAGCAUUUGACAUGAGAUCCUCUCUAAGCUUUACAGGAAUAUGACUCUGAAUAUAUACAGCAGCACAUCUCCCAUUGGCAUCCCUGUCUCUUCUGUAGAUGUUAUAACCAUGUAUCAUCAAAGGAAUUAUCUAGGUGAGUUUCAGAGAUAGCCAGUAUAUGAAUGUUAUCCGAUGAUAGCAAUUUAUUGAUUUCAUGAAUCUUGUUUCUUAGACUAUGUAUGUAAUUGUGGCCUAUUUAGAGCUAUUUUCUGUGUUCCUUGUUUGUUUGUAGUGCUAUACUGGGAAGUUUAUCAGAGGUAGACCGUGAUAUUUACAUUUGAGCUUCAGGGUGAACUGCUCACAGUUGGCUUCCUACUAGGGAAAACUGUCUGUGCUAAGUGUAAUUCAUGUUUAUAGGCAGAGGAUUACUGCUGACAAUAGCUGUCGGUUUGAUAGAGAUAUUUAGAGGAACGUAAAUUAGGCUAAUUACAUUGACCGUACUAUCAUUUCUACGGGAGGUGAUAUGCUUUCCAUGACCUCUGUUGCUGAUUAUGAAAUGUUGUUUGAGAGAAGCCUGGAACCCCUGUGUUAGGUUGAAUCCUGUCUGUUUUUAAAGGUCUUAUGCAGCAGAUUCUGUCUAAAUAUCAAAUAAUUUCUGGGUAACAAUUAAGUACCUAACGGCCCUGCUACACUACAGCCAUCGGGUGUCUGGCAUUGCCAUCACCCAUUGAGGGAAUGCUUCCUUUGAAAUCAAUGCAAGCUACUACACUGCCCGUGUUGCGCUCGCAUUGCGUCACGUCCAAUGGCAGCUUCCAAGCUCAAGAAUCGCCGAAGUUCAAUUGUCGAUGGCUGACGCGCUUAUUGAUUCUAUCUUGUGAAUUGAAAUCAUGAGAAAUAAAGUUGAUUUCGGUUGCAUAUGGCCUCGACUAUACACCACUGGUUAUUUUACUAAGAUUUAUGAAGUCAAGAAGCUACUAGCUAGCAGAAACUCUAGCUAGCUAUGUUUGCAAUCUACACAUGUUGCUUUGGUUUAAUCAGAGGAUCAUUUAGUACAACCACUAGCAACAAUUGAAUGAGUACUUGUGAAAAACUGGACCAAAGCUAUUGUACUUAGGCAUUAUCGAUGAAUAUGGUACAGCACAGUAGGGGAAAAUAGAAUAAAGACUCUCUUCCGCUCUGCUCUUCUCUGCUCUCAAAACUACUUGCUCUGUGUAGCAGGUAGAACGUCACAUUGACACGACGCUGAUGGCAAGGCAAUGCGACGCAUAUAGUGGAGCUGAAGUGUUACUGUGGUUUUCAAUUUAAAAAAUGGUCAAAAAGAAACAAAAAUAGCUUAGUGCAAAGUGCAAUUUCUCAAGGAAGAUUUUUGGACUUAGUGUAUUGGAGUGGUGUGAGUGGGAAGGGGAAAACUGAAAAUUAGCUGUUAUUGGCAGAGAGGUUUGGAACUCUUAUUGGUCAAUUAACUAAUUUACCGCAUGGUAAUGUCACCAUGGAAGGCCAAAACUCCAUCCCACCAAAACAGGCAGAAAUUUCAGGAGGUCUUUCAAGCAGCUCUUACACUAAAAGGGCAUUAUCAUUUUCACAAUUUCACAGUAUUAUUCCAACCUCAUAGUGUGGAAAUACACUACAUGGCCAAAAGUAUGUGGAAACUUGCUGAAAUAGCCGAAUCCAGUAAUCUUAAUGGGUGUCCACAUACUUUUGAAUAUAUAUACUGUAUAGAGGAAAAUCAAAUCUUUGACUGCACUGGGCUUUUAAGGAGUGCUCGAUGCUCCCACAACAAUUCAACAUUGAUAGCUAGUGAUAGGUCUGCACAAGCUAGGCCAAUUUGAAACAUCACCAUCUCCUCGCAGCACUUACCUGCCAGAUUCGGAAUCUUGAAAAAACCUAGAAAAUCCCAUUCAAAUUUUUGCAGAAAGUUUAAAAGAGAGAGAAAAAACUGAACAUAAUUUGUUUAUAUUAGUUAGUUUUUGAGUCCAAGAUAAUAGUUUCAGUACAUUUUUCAAACGUUUACUAAAUAGUUUUUUCGUUUUAGUUUACUAAAAUAACCCUGAAACAGACAAAGGAAGCAGGCAUAUUCCAUCUACUCAGUACUCACUAAGAUCAGUGCGUUAGUAUUGGUCAAUAUUAUGAGCCUUAAAAUCUUUAUUGCCCCAGUCUUGACACUAUCAGUGGUUCACAGAUGUUGCACUGACGUUUGGACCGUGUUGUAUGGCUUUUGGCAGCACAAUACAAAACACUCCAGCUAGAUGAAACGCACAGAGCCACAGAUGUAGUGACAGUUUGCCUGUCCGUCCCAGCAAUGCUUACAUCCUAGUCACAGCUGGGUGUCCGGGCAACGUGCCCAGACUUCCUCCGUCCUAGCAUUCCUAGCUUCUGGAAGAGGUCGUAAUGAUUUCUCGGUUCGUUGGCCCACUUCCAUCUUGGUUCUUGGCAGAACCUUAGGUGUUCACAUUUUUUAUAUUGUGUAGGUGUAUGCCAGAGAGACAUCAAGGCCUGUAACAUACUCUGUUUCACGGAAACAUGGCUCUCUUGGGAUAUUCUGUCGAAAUCGGUCCAGCCAGAUGGGUGUUCAGUUCAUCGCGCAGACAGGAAUAAAUAUCUCUCCGGGAAGCAGAAGGGCGGAGGUGUGUGUUUCAUGAUUAACGACUCAUGGUGUAAUUGUAGUAACAUACAGGAACUCGAGUCCUUCUGUUCACCCAACCUAGAAUAUCUCACAAUCAAAUGCCGACCGUAUUAUGGCAGAAUACAAACAGUGUAGCUACUCACUCCGCAAGGCAAUUAAACUGGCAAAACAUCAGUAUAGAGACAAAGUGGAGACACAAUUCAACGGUGGUGAAGGUAGGAAACAACAUCUCCACUUCGCUGAUCCUCAACACUGGGGACCCCACAAGUGUGCAUGCUCAGCCCACUCCUGUACUCCCUGUUCACCCAUGACUGCGUGGCCAAGCACGCCUCCAACUCAAUCAUCAAGUUUGCAGACGACACAACAGUAGUAGGCUUGAUUACCAACAAUGACGAGACCGCCUACAGGGAGGAGGUGAGGGCUUUGGGAGUGUGGUGCCAGGAAAAUAACCUCUCACUCAACAUCAACAAAACAAAGGAGAUGAUUGUGGACUUCAGGAAACAGCAGAGGGUGCACCCCCCCUAUCCACAUCGACAGGACCGCAGUGGAGAAGGUGCAAAGCUUCCUUGGCGUACACAUCAACGACAAACUGAAAUGGUCCACCCACGCAGACAGUGUGGUGAAGAAGGCGCAACAGAGCCUCUUCAACCUCAGGAGGCUGAAGAAAUUCGGCUUAGCACCUAAAACCCUCACAAACUUUUACAGAUGCACAAUUGAGAGCAUCCUGUCGGGCUGUAUCACCUACUGGUACAGCAGCUGCACCACCCGCAACCGCAGGGCUCUCCAGAGGGUGGUGCGGUCUGCCGAACGCAUUACCGGGGGGAAACUACCCGCCCUCCAAGACACAUAUAGCACCUGAUGUCACAGGAAGGCCAAAAAGAUAAUCAAGGACAUCAACCACCCGAGCCACUGCCUGGUCAUCCAGAAGGCGAGGUCAGUACAGGUGCAUCAAAGCUGGGACAGAGAGAAUGAAAAACAGCGUCUAUCUCAAGGCCAUCAGACUGUUAAAUAGCCAUCACUAGCACAUUAGAGGCUGCUGCUGCCUAUUGAAAUCACUGGCCACUUUAAGAAAUGGAACACUAGUCACUUUAAUAAUGUUUACAUAUCUUGCACUACUCAUCUCAUAUGUAUAUACUGCAUUCUAUUCUAUAAUAUUCUACUGUAUCUUAGUCCAUGCCGCUCUGUCAUUGCUUGUAUAUGUAAAUAUUCUUAAAUCCCAUUCCUUACUAGUUUUGUGUGUAUUGGGUAUAUGUUGUGAAAUUGUUAGAUAUUACUUGUUAGAUAUUACUGCACUGUCGGAGCUAGAAGCACAAGCAUUUCGCUACACCCGCUAUAACAUCUGCUAAAUACGUGUAUGUGACAAAUCAAAUUAGAUUUGGUGAGAAUGACAAGGGUGUGUGUGUUUUGAGUCCUUGACCCAGCUCCCCAUCAGAUGUCUGUAUGGUUUUUGAGGUUCUGGGUCAUCACCUGCUGAAGUGGAUCAUCAAGUCUAACUACCAGGGCCUUCCUCUGCCCUGUGUCAAGAGCAUCAUACGACAGGUAAAACAACACCUUAUUCCUCACACAACAUUGGGUGUGUUCCAGGUUGGGUGCAUUCUUUUUAGCAAAAACAAACAUUCAACAGAACUCUACAGAAUUUUUACGUUGAAACUGUUAGUAAUUAUGCUUUUUUUUUUAUUGAGAGGGUUGAAAAUUCCGGACACUUUCCCAAAAGUUUCCCUGAUUCUUGGAAUUCUCCUGUUGAAACCCUACGCAGCAGUGGUCUUACUGAUGCUCUACCCUCCUCCUAUAGGUUCUCCAGGGGCUGGACUACCUCCACUCAAAGUGUAAGAUCAUCCACACGGACAUCAAGCCAGAGAACAUCUUGUUGACGGUUAACGAGCCCUACAUUAGGAAUAUGGCUGCUGAGGCUACGGAGUGGCAGAGGACAGGAGCUCCACCCCCCUCUGGAUCUGCAGGUACAUACACAGACACAACACAAAGUAGACACAUAUACACAUCCUACAAUAGGAAGAUGGCUGACGAGGCUGCAGAGGACAGGCGCGCCAGCCUCCUCUGGAUCCGCAGGUAAUAAUAAUAAUAAUAAUAUGCCAUUUAGCAGACGCUUUUAUCCAAAGCGACUUACAGUCAUGCGUGCAUACAUUUUUGUGUAUGGGUGGUCCCGGGGAUCGAACCCACUACCUUGGCGUUACAAGCGCCGUGCUCUACCAGCUGAGCUACAGGUGACUGACACUUUUCUCAACCAAUUGGCACAACGCAUUUUGAAUUAACAUAGUGAACCGUUUAGGAAGGCUGUAUCAACAUGAACAUAACGUUACCAAUCAGGUCUUGGGAUAGUGAAUAAUGGGAUUGUAAAGCUAUAAUCUUUAAUUUAAACAAUAAAGCUGUCACCCCGCAUGUGUUUUGGCACCCUGAGAGGGGUCGGAAGAACCCGAGGCAUAUGGUUUUCAGGGAAAAAGCAGAGAUGAGGCAAAGCCUGAACCGGAUGCUUACGGUUUCUUUUAACCCCGCACAGACGUUCCUUUUACGCCUGCCACGUUACAUGCUAACCACACCGCCCGCGUUGCAAAAUACAUUUACACAUGCAUAUUUAAACACAUGAAUCAAUCAUUCAUCCAAACUGCUCGCACGCGUCAACAAACGUCUGCAUAGCCAGGCGCUAAAAUAGAACUUGGUUCUAUUUUAGACUCUUGACUCACUGCAUGUCCCGCCUCUCCCAUCUCCUCAUUGUUUUUGUUUUUUUAGCACAUACCCACGUGGGUGAUUGAAAGAUGAACGAGGGCCACACCCCAGUCCAUUUGGUGGUGGUAAUGCGCCUUAAAGUUGGUUGCUAACUGCCAUAUAAAAUCCACAGAAGAAGAACAAGAAGAAGAAUGAACAAGGAGAAAACUGAACUAGGUUUCCCCUUUUUUAUCUGUGGAUUAAUUGUCGGAGUAGAGAACACACGAUUUUGUAUGACUCAACAUGGGUCAAAAUUCUACAAAGAACCAGCAAAAAUAAAAGGACCAUAUGAAUUUCAGGUAAAAUAUCAACCCAAUGUUUAUUUUCCAGGACAACAGCAAGCUAGCCUAAUGUCCAUGAAUGUUGGUUUUGGUAUUUUAACCUGCGUGUCAUGAACGCGUCUGGUGGGAAUAGACAAAAUCAACACCUGCACCAUGGCGCACACAGACGCACAUGCGGAGCCGGUUUGGUCAGCAUGUUAGGUUAGUGUUUUGGUAAAAAGCUGAGGGAUGGGCCUGGAGAAAUGUAACUUCUCAAAUUCAUAGACAGAGCUAUGGAUUAAAGGACUGACUAUCCAUGAUAUCAAAAUUAUAAACAUGUAAGUGUUUGUUUACAUUGUUUACAAACAUUGGAGUAAAUCCAUUUUGUAUUUUCAGUUCUAAUGAAGUACGACAGUUGAACUAAGCUCAUGAGGCAUUCAUAAGUUAUAUUCUUCAAGAAUCAGUGGGUAUACAGUGCAUUUGGAAAGUAUUCAGACCCCUUCCCUUUUUCCACAUUGUGUUACGUUACAGCCUUCUAAAAUUGACCUCAUUUAUCUACACACAAUACCCCAUAAUGACAAAACGAAAACAGGUUUUUAGAAAUGUUUGCAAAUGUAUUACAAAUAAACCGUAAUAAAAGUAUUCAGACCCAUUGCUAUGAGACUAGAAAUUGAGCUCAGAUGCAUCCUGUUUCCAUUGAUCAUCCUUGAUUGGAGUCCAAUUGUGGUAAAUUCAAUUGAUUGCACAUGAUUUGGAAAGGCACACACCUGUCAAUAUAAGGUCCCACAGUUGACAGUGCAUGUCAGAGCAAAAAACAAAUCAUGAGGUUGAGGGAAUUGUCCGUAGAGCUCCGAGACAGGAUUGUGUCGAGGCACAGAUCUGGGGAAGUUUACCAAAAAAUGUCUGCAGCAUUGAAGGUCCCAAAGAACACAGUGGCCUCCAUCAUUCUUAAAUGGAAUAAGUUUGGAACCACCAAGACUCUUCAAACUGAGCAAUCGGGGAGAAGGGCCUUGGUCAGGGAGGUGACCAAGAACCCUAUGGUCACUCUGACAGAGCUCCAGAGUUCCUCUGUGGAGAUGGGAGAUCCUUCAAGAAGGACAACCAUCUCUGCAGCACUCCAUCAAUCAGGCCUUUAUGGUAGAGUGGCCAGACAGAAACCACUCCUCAGUAAAAGGCACGUGACAGCCUGCUUGGAAUUUGCCAAAAGGCACCUAAAGGACUCUGACCAUGAGAAACAAGAUUCUCUGGUCUGAUGAAACCAAGAUUGAACUCUUUGGUCUGAAUGCCAAGCGUCACGUCUGGAGGAAACCUGGCACCAUCCCUACGGUGAAGCAUGGAGGUGGCAGCAUCGUGCUGUGGGAUGUUUUUCAGCUGCAGGGACUGGGAGACUAGUCAGGAUCGAGGGAAAGAUGAACAGAGCAAAGUACAGAGAGAUCCUUGAUGAAAACCUGCUCCAGAGCACUGAGGACCUCAGACUGAGGCGAAGGUUCACCUUCCAACAGGACAACGACCCUAAGCACACAGCCAAGACAACGCAGGAGUGGCUUUGGGACAAGUCCCGUAAAGUCCUUGAGUGGCCCAGCCAGAGCCCGGACUGGAACCCGAUCGAACAUCUCUGGAGAGACCUGAAAAUAGCUGUGCAGCGACGCUCCCUAUCCAACCUGACAGAGCUUGAGAGGAUCUGCAGAGAAGAAUGGGAGAAACUCCCCAAAUACAGGUAUGCCAAGCUUGUAGCGUCAUACCCAAGAAGUCUCAAGGCUGUAAUCGCUGCCAAAAGUGCUUCAACAAAGUACUGAGUAAAGAGUCUGAAUACUUAUGUAAAUGUGAUAUUUCCUUUUUUGAUAUAUAUAUGCAAACAUUUCUUAAAAACCUGUUUUUGCUUUGUCAUUAUGGGGUAUUGUGUGUAGAUUUUUAAUCAAUUUUAGAAUAAGGCUGUAACGUAACAAAGUGGAAAAAGUCAAGGUGUCUCAAUACUUUCCAAAUGCACUCUAUCAUUAAUGUAUAUAUCCAACAAUGGAUGUAGCAACUAAGGGUUCCAGCUUUAAUGUAGUGCUUUUCAUUCAAAACUCUUCACUGUGUAAAGGAUAUUAAAAAAAACUCUAUAAAGGAAAAAGGGAAAUUUUUGUAUAGAGCUUUGUCCCAAUGUUCGGAACAAAAAGAACAAACCCUGCCAAGUCAAGCCAGCCAGUCAGUCAGUGUUUCAGUCUGUGCUCACCAGCCAGUGUAGGAGACACUGUUUGAGACUGAUCAGAACACAAAUGUAAAAACAUUGAGAUGAUUCAUUCAUUGACUGGAUUUGUGUUUUGCUGGUAUAUAAAGAGCUUUGUAGGGAAAGUCACACACACACACACACACACACACACACGCAAGCAUCAGAGACCAAAUCAUCUGAGGGAUGAAUGAGAGCGCUCAGACUUUGGAGCGGUGCCAAAGGUAGUUGAAGAUGGUGAUAUGGAAGGAUUGAGAUGAGACUGGGCUUUGAUCUGGUGCGAUGUUGAAAUUAUGAAACAACCUACUCUUUCAUCUGGCUGUGAUGAUCCAUCCGUCUGUGUAAUGUGAGAGAUGACAUUGAGAGGGAGAGCAUAGGGAUGGAUGUGCACGUUUAUUUGAAUAUCCGAAUGGACGUUAAUAUUCAAAUACUUGUGAGUAUUCAUUUUUGCGAGAUUAACAAAUGUAUAGGCCUAUUUUAUACCAUGACAUUUCAAAUGAUUAAUUUAAUAAAUCAACAAACUUUUUAAUGUAGUUUUUAUGACUUGGACCCCAUAAAGACUGUUAGCCUUCACUUGCGUAGCUUCUUUAUGUUGGCCAAUCAAAACGGCUCAAUGUGUAGCGAGUGAGAGUUCACUAAUGCAAUGUAAGAUUGAAUACAAUUACGGAAUUAAAAAUUAGCGAAAUGAGAAGGAGCAGGCUACUAUGAGCAACCAACAGGUAAGCUGUUUUUGGUGAAUGAGGUUGGGGAGAAAGCACAGCUGUAGACUUAAUUACCCUAGCUAGAUAUAGCUGGUUAGUUUAGCUAGCUUAUCUAGGCUACUCGAGUCAAGACAGGCACUUGUAUAUGGGAUGAUAAAUAACAUUGUGGCUGCUACAAGUUAGCUAGUCUUGGCUGUAGUCGAGUUGCCUUGACUAACGUUACUUUGUCUCCCUCUGUCUGCUCGGCUCACUCCUAUCUCGCAUACACCGGCCCCUCCGCAACUGCAGCAAUAGAGCGCCAGCGAGGAGUGUGUGAGUCCCGCUGGUCCUCAGCUCUGGGGAGGGUAUCAGCACAGCUGUGUGUGAAUCACAGCACACAGACAAGGCAUUUUUCUAAUAUCGUUCAUUACGAUAAGUAGCCUAUACUAGAGAAAUGUGACGUUUAAAAUGAAAGAAGUUUGCUUAUAUGGGUGAUUGGGAGGGGGCAGUGGAUCGCUCUCUGUCCAUACGUUAGUCACACGCGAUAUCUCAGACCGCACUGGCCCAAGGCGGGAGCUAUAGUAAUUAACUGACAUUUGUGAGUCAAACCAGAGAGCAAGAGGCGAAGCAAGAGGGAUAACUGGGCCCCAAAUCUUUCUUCUUCAGCAGGUGGUCAAUGAGUGUUGAAUUUUUGGUUAACAAAAAAAUGUAAUGACUUAUUUGCUACGUGUUAUUUGAUCUAAUAUAAGUUUUGUAGUGCUUAGGUUGUUAGAAGUAUACUGAUAGGUAGGACAUGUUACAUCCUGGCAACCUUGAGAAAAAAACACUAUAUUGGAGUUGUGCCUGUUCACACACGAAUCUGCCCUCUCAUUGUUCAAUAUGCUCUGGAUUUACGAUGGAUUUGCUCAUUGGUUGUUAGAAAUAACAUUAAUAUUUUCUAUGACAACAUGUGGAGCCUCAAAAAUAUUUCAAAAUGUAUAACAAAGUCAAAAACGUACAUUUACACUAUAUAUACAAAAGUAUGUGGACACCCCUUCAAAUUAGUGGAUUCUGCUAUUUCACUAAUGCUCUUGUGGCUGAAUGGAAGCAAGUCCCCGCAGCAAUGUUUCAACAUCUAGUGGAAGCUUCCCAGUAGAGUGGAGGCUGUUAUAGCAGCAAAGGGGGGGACCAACUCCAUAUUAAUGCCCAUGAUUUUGGAAUAAGAUGUUCGACGAGCAGGUGUCCACAUACUUUUGGUCAUGUAGUGUAGCUGUUAGCUAGACAAGUUGUUGUACACUACAUGGGGACAGCCAGGAGUCGUCAGGCAAGGUAGUCCUCUGGCAUGGUUCUAGGGCUCAGGUCCUCCGGGAGGGGGGCGAGAGAUGGGAGAAUUAGAACCAUACUUAAGUUCACAUAAGACACCAGAUAAGACAGGAGAAUUACACUACAUAGGACAGACUGACCCUAGCCCCCCAGCACAGACUAUUGCAGCAUAAAUAUUGGAGACUGAAACAGGUGGGGACGGGGGACCCCGGACAGGGCCAACCAGGCAGGAUAUAACCCCACCCACUUUGCCAAAGCACAGCCCCCACACCACUAGAGGGAUAUCAACAGACCACCACCAACUUACUACCCUGAGACAAGGCUGAGUAUAGCACACAAAGAUCUCCCCCACCGCAUGAGCGCGAGAGGGCCUAAAACUGGACAGGAAGCUCACGUCAGUGACUCAACCCACUCAAGUCGAGUAUAGAGAAAAAAGCCUGGCUAGAUGUGACGCACCCCUCCUAGGGACGGCAUGGGAGAGCACUAGUAAGACAGUGACUCCCAGUGGAGAGAGGGGAGCCGGCCAGGCAGCGACAGCAAGGGUGGUUCGUCACUCCAGUGCCUUGCAGUUCACCUUCGCACCCCUGUGCCAGACUACACUCAAUCGUAGGACCUACUGAAGAGAUGAGUCUUCAGUAAAGACUUAAAGGUUGAGACCGUCUGCAUCUCUCACAUGGAUAGGCAGACCAUUCCAUAAAAAUGUAGAUCAAUAGGAGAAAGCCCUGCCUCCAGCUGUUUGCUUAGAAAUUCUAGGGACAAUACAAUACACUACAGACACUGUGCUACUGAUACCGGAUGCUAAUUACUGAGGCAGAUUUGACAGAUCCUAUGCUGCUGGUUUAGUGAUUAUCUAGCUGAGGAUAUGACACUGACUAGAAUGUUCUCUUUCUCUUCUCUCUGCCUAGUGAGCACAGCCCCUGCACCCAAACCAGUAAGUCGCUCAGUUUUUAUGCGUUAUUUAUAAAAGCAUGAUGUGUUUGAGAGUGUGGUUGCUGCUACCAUAUAAUGUAUGGGAGUGGGUGGCUCUCUGUUCACACUUAUCAAUGGAAAAGCAGUUUUACAAAUUGUACAGUAGUCCAAGCCUUGAACCCUCUUCUCUCUUCCCUUCUUCACUCCUCUCUUCAUCCCCCUCUCCUUAUCCCUCUCCUCAGACAGCAAAGAUGUCGAAGAACAAGAAGAAGAAGAUGAAGAAGAAACAGCGGAAGCAGGCAGAGAUGUUAGAGAAGAGGAUUCAGGAGAUGGAGGGAGCGCCGGAGGUAGGAGAGGAAGAGGAGGGGGAAGACGAGGAGAGGACAGGGACCACAGACGCCCCUCCCUGUGCCCCCCCGCCCACCUCCGACACGCUACAGGACAUCGCUAAUGAUGUCACAGCAGGUAAACAAACACAAUGGUUUUACAGAACACAUUUUAAAUUAUGGACCACCAUUUGAUUCUGUUCCUGUUCACCUUUUAAAAUAAACUGAAAGGCAAAACAUGUGUUUGGGGAGAUCAAUUGGAGGCGCAGAAUCGCUAAUCUUGAUUACAUAAUGAGUAGUCUUAUGGCAUGCAAGGUGAUUUGUAGAUCAGUGAUUCUGGCAGCCUGGCUGCCAUGUAGUGGAUUUCCAACAAUAUUUGGACCAAAUGUCAUGGGACCAGGGUUGCUGAUCAGUAGUAAGUAAGCAUUUCACUGUAAGGUCUACACCUGUUGUAUUCGGCACAUGUGACAAAUCCGAUUUGACUUGUUGAUAUAUGGUUAUGUGACUGACUGUCCUAUCCCUAACCCUCUGUCCUCUAGACCCAGCUCCAGAUAAAACGGAAGAGAAGAAAGAGCGGGAGGAGAGCAGGAUGGAGGUGAACUGCAAUGGCCACGCCCACUCAGAGAGCCAUGCGGUACAGAGGACCAACGAAGAAGAAGAGGAGGACCAACAGAACGCCAACAAACUUGACGCCGUAGCCCCCGACAACGCCAGUACCCAGGGACGGGACUUGCCAGCCAACGCAGCUUACCCAGAAUGCAACGGCGACCCCGGAACAGACGGUAAAGAAUGGCGAGGGAGAGGAACGGAGGGAGAGACGGAGGAGUGUAAACGACCAGAGAAGGAUGAGGAGGAGAGAAAAGACGAGGAGAUGGAGACGGAGGUGGUGCCUGGAAGAGAGGAGGGCGAGAGGAACGGUUAGUGGAGGGGGAGAGGUGACACUAUGCUGGGUACUUCAUCAGGAGGGGAAACCUUAUAGAACAUUCGGAUAGAAUAGAGAUGAUGUAGUUCAGACAUGUCUCUUUGAAAUAUAGAUUCAUGUAUCAUGUCAGCUCUAUUCCUGACAUUUCUAGUUGCAACGUUCUAAAUGUUUCACCUCACUGAAUACACUCCUGUUGGUGGCGUAAGUGUUAUCUGUAAGUGUCAAUAGCUGUAAUGUCUCCUCUUUCUCCCCAGUAACCACCUCUUCACUGCUCCUUCUGUCAUCUUUCUGAGUGCUCCUUAUAAUAUCACCACCUCAGUACUUCUCUUUCAAUCUUUUCUGUCUUCCGUCUCUUCCAGUUGACUUGGUAGAACUGACUUUUUCAGGGCGGUGCCACAUCACACAACACUCACAUUCUAGUUAUAUAUUGCGUUUUGUUCCUCUCCUUAUUCUCUUUCCACUUUCCACCCUCUUCUCCCUGCUCUCUUUUUAGAUAAAGUAGCAGCAGGUAGUCUGUUGGUCAACCCUCUGGAACCUCUCAAUGCAGACAAGAUCCAGAUCAAAAUAGCUGACCUGGGGAAUGCCUGCUGGGUGGUGAGUACAGUACAGUCAUUAUUUGAGCCCAAAUCAUCCUUCCUUGCUCGCUAGCUUGAAGUACUUCAUCGUUAAUCAGGACCGGGUAUUGUGGAAGAGCCACUUCUCAUCCUGUCAACGCUAAACGACCAGAUGAUGGAAUAAAUAUGUCCGGAUAUGUGACAGACAGCAAGGGUUUUACUACAGUGUAUGACUUAAAGGCUUACACCAAUACGAGUCAUCUAUCCGACUCUCUUUCUCUCUCUCUCCCCCUCUCUCCCUCUCUCUCCCCCUCUCCUCCUCAGCACAAGCACUUUACAGAUGACAUCCAAACUCGUCAGUACCGUUCUCUGGAGGUGCUGAUGGGAGCCGGCUACGGGACGCCUGCUGAUAUCUGGAGCACUGCCACAAUGGUGGGUAGAGAGAGGAUAGAGGACACACACACUGGCCUUGCCAGUCUGCCUCCAUGUUCCUGUCAGUAGGAACACGAAAGGAAAGUUUCUGUGCUUACCAACUAUUACAGGUCAAGUCAGGUCGGGCUGUAUGAUGUUGACUUAGUCAGGUAAAGAAAAAUGUGGGUUACAACUCACAAGUACAACCACGUUUAAUAAAUUGUUUAGUUUCCCAAGGAGGUCCCCCAAGAAUGUGAAACACCUUAGUAAAUGUAUAACUAGCCUCAGAAAAUCUUUAACUAACUAGCCUAGCAGACAGUGCUCUGAUAUGUAUUUGUAUUGAGCUGCCGGGCUGGCUAGUCAUCAGUCUAUCCCCUGUCUGGUACGACUCAGCGUUUUAAAACCAGCUAUGGACUGGGCCUACACAGCGCAGGGGAAUCCACUGAGAUUUACUUAAUUAGUUGCCUACACCAACACAAAGGAGAGUUUUCCCUGAAGGUAACACACAGACAAAGGAGAGCAGCCUUCCUUGAAGGACAAGAGGAGUGUAAUGCUUUCAGAAGGCAGCUAACCACAAAGGAAUGUGAGGGAUGGAAUGGAGGGAAAACACACACAAAGACGACAAGACAGAAAGAGUACAAGGACAAUGCAUAAAGAACACAUUUCGGUAACUGAGAGACACUGACUGAUUGACUGACAUGCUGGCUGACUGACUGAUUUUGUGUGAUUUGUAUUGUGUGAUAUACAAUGGUUUGUUGUACUGUAUUAUAGUAACUAUAUAUGUGACUGUCCCUUCCAGGCCUUUGAGCUGGCUACAGGAGACUACCUGUUUGAGCCUCACUCUGGGGAAGACUACUCUCGAGAUGAAGGUAUGUUUCCCUCCCUAUAAUGCACAUGAUUGUGCCUUUAUAGUCCUUCAAACAUGUUAUACCUCAAGACACACUCACUCACAUCCUGUUGUGUAGAUCCUGCUGCUAUAUCCGUGAGGAUUCUGCAGACCAUCACAAAUGAGAUUGGCACCGUCUAAUUCAUUUGUCGUCCUCCUCUCUUGUGUAGACCACAUAGCGUUGAUCAUUGAGUUGUUGGGUAAAGUUCCUAGGAAGCUGAUCCUGGCCGGAAAAUAUUCCAAGGAGUUCUUCACCAAGAAAGGUAAUCGAACACUACACUAGAGUGGUAUACUACAAACCAGGAUCAAUAAGUUAGCCAUCAAACUUGCCUAAAUAUUAUGAAGUAACUGUGUUUUUUUAGAAGGAUAUGCUUGAAAUGGGCAUGGUCAAAUUGACUCAACAAACAAAAACAUAUCUGAGUUUAGCUUUGUUAAUGAAUGACAAAAUAAAGAAUUGCUGGUUGUUUAUCAGAGUUAGCUGGCUAAUUCAUUGAUUCUGCUUUGUAGUUUACCCCAUCUGCUGUGUGUGUGUGUGUGUUACCAUAGUUUUCGUGUGCGUGUCAUAGCAGGUUUAAAGUUGAGCCUUGUCUAAAAGUGUGGGUGUAUGUUUCCCCCCCCCCCCCCACAUGUAAACUAAACUGUCUUGGGUAUGUGUGUGUAGUUAACUUCCUCCCUCCCUCCCUAGGUGACCUGAGGCACAUUACCAAGCUGAAGCCGUGGGGUCUUUUGGAGGUGCUGGUGGAGAAAUAUGAGUGGUCUAAAGAGGAGGCAGCUACCUUCUCUAGCUUCCUGCUCCCAAUGUUGGACCUGGUACCAGAGAAGAGAGCUACGGCUGCAGAGUGCCUCCGACACGCAUGGAUCGCCUCCUAGAGGAUCCACAGCGCUACUACAGCCAACAAGCAGCACAUACAGUCCACACAUACAUGCACACAUGCACACACAUACAUGAACAUAUGUACAUAUACACACACAAACAUACAUACUCACAAGCAUACACACACAUACAUACACACUAGGAGGAAGCCGUUGCCAGCACCAUGCCUGCAUUGCCUCCCUAGUGGCUCCUCAACACACACCACACUAGACUGGCUGCUAAAGCCCUACUGGUGGCCUUCAUAG